GGCCGCGCUGAGGCGUGAGGGGGAGAUGCACUUCCGGGAAGAUGGCGGAAACGCGUCACGGUCUCCAUGGCAACGGAGCGACUUCCGGGGGAAGCAGGAAGUGCCGCGGUGUUGCCAUGGCGACCGUGGGACAGGCGCUGUCCCUGGCGCUGGUGGCCGCGCUCUGGGGCACCACGGGCCCGUGGCUGCGGGCGGGCGCGGAGGAGCGGCGGGGCCCGCGGGGGCUGCUGGAGGAGCUGCGCCUCCUCGGCCUGAACCGCAGGUUCCUGCUGCCCUUCCUCCUCAACCAGGCCGGCUCCCUCCUCUUCUACCUCACCUUGGCCUCCACAGACUUGUCCCUGGCAGUGCCACUCUGCAACUCCCUGGCUUUGAUUGUGACCCUGGUGACGGGGAAAAUCCUGGGAGAGGACAUUGGUGGCAAACGAGCUGUGGCAGGAAUGCUGCUCACCAUGCUGGGAGUGUCCCUGUGCCUGGCUGGGGCUGAGGGAGCAGCAGGGGCUGAUCCAGGAGCUGAUCCAGAAGCUGAUCCAGGAGCUGAUCCAAGGCAGCAGGAGCUGAUCCAGGGCAGCAGGAGCUGAUCCAGGGCAGCAGGAGCUGAUCCAGGAGCUGAUCCAGGAGCUGAUCCAGGGCAGCAGGAGCUGCUCCAGGGCUCCUGGCUCAGCCCCACCCAGGAAGGAGUUUUGGCAUGGCCAAACCUUUUUGGGAUUGCACCCCCUGAGUGCCCCGUUGCAGGGACAGCCAAUUUUGUGCCUUAAGGGGAUUUUUGGCAGCUCUUUGAAGACCACAGGGAUUCAAUUGUUUUCUUCAGCACGGGUAAGAAAUGGUUAAUAAAUUAUCCUGUGUCA